AUGGGAGUCCCUGGGGGUGGACCCCUGGGUUGUUUCAACAAUGACUCGGGGGUAUCGUCUUCAGUUUUUGAGCGCCCCCCUGUGACUUCAGUACCUGCUUUUACCAUCGUGGCAGAUCACCAAUACAGAGAGAUCUUGCGCUCAGAGGUGUCCAGUCUCCUGGCCAAGAGGGCCAUCAGAGAAGUGGGGCACGAAGACAGGCGGAUGGGGUUCUAUUCGCGUUAUUUUCUGACCCCAAAACGCGACGGGACACUCCGGCCCAUUUUGGACCUCAGGGGCCUGAACAAGUUUCUACGGCCCCUGAAGUGCAAGAUGUUGUCCAUACCGCGGGUGAAGCAAGCAGUCCUUGUGGGAGACUGGUUCGCAACAGUCGACCUCAAGGACGCGUAUUUCCAAAUUCCAAUAUGGGAGGGCCACAGAAGAUUCCUCAGGUUUGCCUUCGACGGCAAAAUCUUCGAAUUCUGUGUCCUCCCCUUUGGGAUAUCGCUGGCUCCCCGCACAUUUACCAGAUGCAUGGAUGCGACCCUAGGCCCUCUGCGGCGGCAGGGUCUCAGAAUACUGAAUUACCUGGACGAUUGGCUUAUAUGCGCUCAGACAGAGGAGCAAUGUCAUUGCCAUGUCCAGAUGUUGUUGAUGCACAUCCAGUAUCUGGGUCUGCGCAUCAACGACAAAAAGUGCAAUCUGCAGCCAUCUCAGGCCACCCAGUUCCUCGGUAUGUGGCUGGAUACCAGGACUGGGUUGGUGGCAUUGACUCCGGCCAGACAGGAUUCCCUCAGGGAAUGCAGAGGGACCAGUGGACGUUGGGGAGCCCUGUGGCAGGGCCGCCAUAUCAACGCCUUGGAGCUGAGGGCAAUCCACCUGGCCCUGGUGCAUUUCCUCCCAGUAUUACAGGGCUGCCACGUGCUUGUAAGAACCGACAGCACCACGGCAGCUGCGUACAUCAACAGACAGGGAGGCACAGGCUCUCUGCGCCUGAGCAGGAUAGCGCACAGACUGUGGACGUGGGCAUACAAGCAGUUCCUGUCACUCAGGGCAAUGCAUGUGCCUGGUGUGGUAAAUGUGGCGGCGGACCUCCUUUCCAGGAGGGGACCGCAUCCAGGGAACUGGAGGCUCCAUCCAGCAGUGGUGGAGGAGAUCUGGCACCACUUUGGAAGAGCGGUGGCCGACCUGUUUGCCUCGAAGGAGAAUGCUCACUGCCCACUGUAUUACUCCAUCGAGAGAGACUCGCCUCCCCUGGGCUGCGAUGCCAUGGCGCACCAGUGGCCUCAGGGGCUGCUCUAUGCUUUUCCCCCGUUCAGCCUCCUGCCGAACCUGCUGCAGAGGAUCAGUCAGGAGGAAGUUCAGGUGGUUCUGGUGGCACCGGAUUGGCCACACAUGACAUGGUUCUCAUGGGUGACACCGCUGUUGCACGGGACACCAUGGAAGCUCCCGGUUCGCCGGGACUUGCUGAGCCAGGCGCAGGGGACGCUGUUCCACCCGUUUCCACAGGGGCUGGAUCUAUGGGCCUGGCCACUGAGAGGGCCGGCUUAUUAG